CUCUCUUUCUCUCUCUGUGUUUGUGUUUUUGUUUGUGUGCGCUGACUACAACAACAAACCCCUCCCCUUCGCUUUUCUUUUCUUUUCUUCUUUUAGGAGAGAGAAACACAACUUGUAGAGAGAGAAACAAGAGAAGAAAAGAAGAAGAGAAGAGAAGGGCUUUGUGAGGGGUCUUCCUUCUUUUUCUCUCUCCCCUUAUAGGGUUCAAUUCCAUUCAUUCAGCUCUAAUUUAAGAUUUGUAUAGUUGACUCGGGAGUACGAGCUUCGAACUAGAUAAAGUUUGGGUCUUUGGGGUACAAUCACGGGUUUUGGUUCGGUGGGACAGCCCCUGCUGGUUUGGGUUUCUAGAGGAAGAUUGUUCUCCAUAUGUGCCCAAAACCAGAAUGCAGUGUUUGUCUCGAGCACAUAUCAAAUGCCAUCUGUAAAUAUGAAGAGUGAAGUAAGCACGACUUGUUUAACAGAAACCAAGGAUAUUCACGUCUGUUCAAAAUCAAAAGUAAUUUCCAAAAAGACAUGCUCCAAAGUCAUUAUUUCUGCUGAAGUUGCUGGAAUAGACACAACUAUCCAAAAUUUCUUAGAUGUUUCCUCGGUGACACUGGUAUCCCCCAAGGACAUUGCAAGUGGUGAAUUUAUUGAUAAAAAGGAAAUUCUAACUAAAGAAAAAUCUGAGUCUCAGCUGCUGCAGUCAUUUUCUCUUGAUUCCUCUUCCCUGGAACCAAUCAAUCCCUGUGCAGCAAACAUGGAAGCAAUUUUUUCUACUGCGUUUGAGCCCAUUGAAGUCAAUUCUCAACAUUUUGAUGAAGAUGCAGGGAGCAUUGGUGGUACUGGCAUGUCUGCAGUGAGAGAUGAUGAAAGUGAUGAUAAAAGAAUCAUUUGUGGUUAUGAAACAUUGGAUGUAUCAGACUUCAGCAUUUCUGAUAUGAUCAUUACAAGCUUACCCCUUGACAGAGAUUCUUUUGAUCAUGAUAUCUGUGAGAUCAACUCCUUGUCUGAUUAUAGAUCGUCUGAGCCACCUAUGCUUGAUGCAUCUGAUCAGUACAUGAUCCUGCCUGCUCUUGAAGAUGAUAUUAAAAUUGGCGGUACUUCUGAUGUAUCCUAUAAAGAAUCCAUCACAGUUCAGGAAAAUGCUAGCUUGUAUUCAGCAUUGUGUCAGAUAAGAUCUUGCAAUCAGGAUUCUGAUGUUAAAGACUACUUGGAUAAGACAGAGUGGUUUGAUCCACAAUUGUUCAUAAAGAAUUUACCAGAACUAUCGGAUGCAGAGUCCAAUGAUCUGCCCACCCAGAUACCAAGAUCAUCUCAGAGAAGAAAGUCAGUGACACUAGCGCUUGAUUUAGACGAGACACUUGUUCAUUCUACUCUAGAACACUGUGAUGAUGCUGAUUUCACGUUUACUGUCUUCUUCAAUAUGAAGGAGCACACAGUAUAUGUAAGAAAGAGGCCUAAUCUCUGCACGUUCUUGGAGAGAGUGUCAGAGAUGUUUGAAGUUGUAAUUUUUACUGCCAGCCAAAGCAUAUAUGCCAAACAAUUGCUUGAUAUAUUGGAUCCUGAAGGAAGACUUAUUUCACGUCGAGUUUAUAGAGAAUCAUGCAUUUUUUCAGAUGGAAAUUACACUAAGGAUCUGACUGUAUUAGGUGUUGAUCUUGCUAAAGUUGUCAUAGUUGAUAAUUCCCCUCAGGUUUUCCGGUUGCAAGUGAACAAUGGUAUUCCUAUUAAGAGUUGGUUUGAUGAUCCAUUGGAUUGUGCACUAAUGUCAUUACUCCCCUUUCUGGAGACUCUGGCUGAUGCAGAUGAUGUCCGUCCUAUCAUUGCACAGAGAUUUGGUAACAAAGAAUAAGUAUAUUAUUGACCAAAGUUGGCAGCUUUUGUCAUUUUUUAAACAUAGAUUUAGGAAAAAGCCCUCUAAGUAGGUUCUAAAUUCUCCUUUUCAUUUGAGUUCUUAAUAUGAAUUAACCUAUGCAAUAAACUAUUGGUUAUCCUAUUGUGUCCACGAUUGGCUCCAUUAUUCUGUCUCAGUUGGCAAGUCCAGAGUGCUCUGUUUAUCCUGAAAGGCAGUUGCAGGGUGUAUAUGAAAUGCUAUCAUAUUAUGAAAUAUAGUUCGUGAGGUUAUAUAAUUUCAUCUUUUGCUUUCCAUGUGAACUGGCAGUCUGGCAAUCAAUUUUAUGUGUUAAUUGAAAUAGAAUCAACUCCAUAGUUAGUUUUACUUGGUAUUUGUUAUAUAAAAUAUGUUGAUUCAGCUUCCAAUAAUUUCUUUGCUGUAUAUGCUCAUAUAGGAUUGAAAUCAACCUCUGCUUGUUGGGGUAAGGCUGUGUACUGUGUGCAUCUGCCCUUGGGAGUCUCGUGCACUAGGUUGUAUGUGUAUAGUUAUCAUGGAUCAUUGAUGCUGUAUAUAGUGUCUAGGAACAAAAAGUUGAAAAAACCAAAAAAUAAAACAUAAAAAAAUAAAAGAAGAAAGAAGUUAAGUUCAACAAAUAACUUGAUUGGUAAAAUUUUACUAUUUCUGUGAGAAAAUAAACAAAUUAAAUAGAGGAUAUGAUAAAUUUAUUGGCAUUGCCAUUGAACAUACCACUGCUAGCUUAAGAUUGAAUAGUAACAUGUUUCAACCAACAUUUGAAAUGCAUAGUGAAUAGUUCUGAAACACAUACCCCAAAUGUUGCUCAAAUAUGACAUAUGCAUCAACGUCCUAUCAGCUGAAAGUAGCAGGACUCCUUUAAUGAUUUUCUGUCAACCUUUACUUGGGAUAGGAUUAUUUAUUUAUUUAUUUAUUUUAUUUUUUGGUGCUCAAGCCUCAACUGAUGUUCUGUUUUAAAGGUGUUCUUCUAGCUGUUUAACUUGCAUCUUCUAAUGGAAUUGCAACAAAUGCUAACCUAUUGAAAAUCUUAUUUGUAACUUAUUAAUGAUGUUAUCAUUAUAUUUGGUGGAUUUUGUGACAUGAAAAGUUAGUUAAAAUCUUGAUGUUUUAGACCCCAUGUGCUUUAGAGAGCUUUAGUUUUCAUUUUGGCCAAGGUAUUUAUCCUUUUCAGCCAGCAGGUUGACAAAGAUGCCAUUAAGGAACUUGCCUAUCAAAGAACGGGCACUCUCCUAUUCGGUAGUUACCAUAGUUUCAUUACUUGUGAAAAAUAUUUGUUUUAUCACAUUAAUGUUACACAAUUUCCUCCUGUUCACUGUAUAUAUCUGUCUGACUUCUGCAUUGCAGAACUGUAACCAUGACUCGGAGUUUUACAUUGGUACAUUGGUAGACCUAAAACAUUUAUACAUCAAUUGUGGAAUAAAUCCACAUACCUGUCUUGUCCUUUAUCUUAAUCGAGUAUUUUGGUCGUCUAUCAGGUAUGGGUUGGAAGUCUACAUACAUACAACAUUAAUUAUUUUAUUAGGUUCCCAGGACUUGAGAGGUAAUAAACCAGCUUUAUUUUUGUGCCUAUUAUUCUGUGUUUAAAUAUUCUCUUUAAGAUGAUUAGAGUUCUCUCUCCAUAGGAAUCAUUUCAUACGUUAGUUAAAUUCUGUUUAAAGCUUUCAAGUGGUCUGCCGCAAUCUUUUUUUUCUCAAUGUGUUACUCUUUCUCUUUGUAGACCUUGAUAAUUAGACAUAACAUAUCUAUCCCCUUCUUGAUAUAUAUAUUUCUUGUCAUUGACCCAUGACCUUUUAAUGAUACUCUUGUUAGUAAGGCAAAGUAGAAGGAGAUUAAAUAAUUCAUAACCAUCGUAGAUAAAUUUACCUCCAGUCCUCUAUCCAUUAUCCAUCCUCAUUGGUGUUUAUUAGGAGAUAACCUUUGUUGAUGCUACUAUUAGAAGAGGUACAAUGUUCAGAUUGAAUUUAACUGUGUGAGAAAUCAUUUGUCAUAGGAACUGAAUAGAUUUGGGUUAGAUAUCAAGUUUAAAGAGUUCAAUUUGACAAUUCAUUUGGAGUAGUUUCAUUUUGGCCUGCCUUAAGUAGGUUUAAGUAUAAAUAACCUUUUGCAGACAUGAUAACGUAAGACUUUAUUUAAUCCAUAUAACCAUACCUUUCUUAAAGGUUUUGUUGUUUGUUCUGCUGCUGAUGAUUCUGUUAUUAAGUGGCUGACUAUUGCACAAUUGACAAUUGUCUGCUAUAUAUCUUGUAAAUCUGGGUAAAAUAGAUUCUGCCAUUUUGAACCAUUGUAUGCAGGUCUAUGAAGAAAAGUUGAUAUAUUAUGCCGUUAAUGGCUGACUGAUAGCUUUGUAAAUUUAGAUUACAUAAUAUUUUGCCAAUGCUUCAUCUUUGUCACCCUAUGCAAGGUGAUGCCAGUGUGUAAAGUUCCACUUUAAACACAUUGCUAGUUCAUUUCUUUAUAUUUAGCACUCAAGCAAGAAUUGUUGGAUGGACUAUUUAUAUUCAUGCAAAAUGUACGUAGGUGAAUAAAACAAGUUGAAGACAGUGAAUUGCUUUAUCCA